AAAACGGGAUUUAAAUAAAAACCAACAUUAUCAGAUACCACUUAAAAAGUUAUGAACUAUAUUGUUGGUGUGUCCACUUGAUUAAUAUUCAGCCUUCAAGCAACACCGGUCCGUACCGUAGAGGAACGUAUAUUGCGUUUGUAGUUGCCACGGAUGCAUAGGCACUUUCACUAAGAACUUAUCUGUAAAGUUUAAAUUUUCUGCUUCCUUUUUCUACAAUCGUUUCAUAUAGUUAUAUACCUAGCUGAACAGAUGUUGACUAGUGUCAAAGUACAGGAGACUUUCAAUCAAGACGGAGAGGAUUUAACUAAAAUGUUACGCGGUCUGCCUAAAUUGCGGGGUCUGAAAGGAUUCCUUGAGCCCUAUGUCACCUCUAUGCAAAUAACUUGUAAUUAUACAUCUUCACAUUCAACGACUAAUUCGCAAAAUCUACCGAGAUUACCAGUUCCGAAACUUAAGGACACGAUAGAAAAGUAUUUGUUAACAGUACGACCUCAUUUAAAUGAUGAAGAAUUUGCAAAGACAACAACUCUGGUAAAAGACUUUCUAAAUGGCACAGGACAGAAAUUGCAAGCUUUGUUAGAGAAGAGGUCAAAGGAGCAUUUAAACUGGCUUGAAGAGUGGUGGCUAAAUACAGCAUAUUUGGAAUACCGAGAUCCAGUAGUUGUAUUUUCUAGCCCUGGAUUAGCCUUUCCUCUCGAGAAAUUCGAAAGUCAAAAAAAUCAAUUACAAUAUGCGGCUAAGACACUGCUAGCUGCACUGGAGUAUAAAAGUUUGAUUGACAAUAACCAGAUUCCCGUUGAAAUGAUGGGAAAGAAUCCCUUAGAUAUGCAACAAUAUAAGAAAAUAUUUGGAACCUGCAGGAUACCAUGGGAAAAACGAGACAAGUUGUCUUAUAAUAAUGAUAGCAAACACGUUACAAUCAUUCAUAAUAAUCAUAUAUUUCAUGUCGAUCUAUGGGGCGAUGAUAACAUUUUACUGAACGAAGAUCAAAUUGUCGAACAAUUAAGCAAAGUAAUUAAACUCUCGAACACUGUGAAUAAUGAAGGAAUCGGUAUUCUCACGUCUGAAAACCGCGAUAGGUGGGCUAAAGCUUACCAACUACUCGCUAAUGAUAAAAUUAAUAAAACAUCUUUAGAAGAUGUUCAAAGAAGUAUUGUUGUUCUCUGUCUGGAUGCUCCCGUUGGCUUAUGGAAAUUGAAAGAUCCUGAUGCUCGUAGAACCUUAGCUGGAGCACAGCUCAUACAUGGUAAUGGAUCUAGCAGCAAUGGUGGUAAUCGCUGGUUUGAUAAAACGGUGCAGUUUGUCGUUGGUGCUGAUGGUGUAACAGGGCUAACUUACGAACACUCCCCAGCAGAAGGUCAACCUAUAGCUGUUUUAAUGGACUUUAUCGUACAAUACCUAGCAAAAAAUAAAAAUCCAGGACCGCGAUCAUCACGCCCUAGAGAACCGACUCAUUUGAAAUUCAACGUGUCGUCGGACGUCGGUGCCAUGAUUAAUACAGCAAAAAAGAAUUUAGACAGCUUGGUAAAUAAUUUGGAGCUGAACUGUUUCCAAUAUAAUAAAUAUGGGAAAAACUUCAUCAAAGAGCAAAAGUUAAGCCCAGACAGUUAUCUACAAAUGGCUAUGCAACUAGCUUUUUACAGGUUGCAUAAAGUUCCUGGCGCACACUACGAGUCAGCAGCUACAAGAAUGUACAUAGGAGGACGCACAGAAACUAUACGAUCGUGUUCAAUUGAAUCCGUAGAAUUUGCAAGGACCAUGUUAAACGCAAACAAUAGUCCUAAAGAGAAAUCAGCUGCAUUAAAGAGCGCUAUUAAUUCGCACAAAAACUAUACUGUACAGGCGCUUCAGGGAUUGGGUGUUGAUAGACAUUUACUGGGAUUAAAAUUAACGGCAAUCGAAAAUGGUAUUGAAAUACCCAAAAUUUAUUCUGACAAGGCAUUUACGAAAAGCGCACACAUGAGGAUCUCAACCAGCCAGGUUGCUUCUAAGUGUGAUGGGUUUAUGUGCUACGGCCCAUUGGUAUCUGAUGGCUAUGCGACAUGUUACAAUCCCAGAGCAAAUGACAUCAAUUUUGCAACAUCUGCAUUUGUAGACAAUCCGGACACCGAUUGUGUCAAGUACAGAAAUGCAUUGGAACAAUCCCUACAAGAUAUGCAUGAUGUUCUUUUACAGAGCAUUACAUCAAAACUUUAAGAGGCACUGCUAUAACUUAUAAUCAUUAUGACAAUGACAUGAUAAUCAUAGAGAUGUUGAAAAUUUUGUUUGUGUUAAAAGGUGUUACAGAAGACGAGACAAAAACGAUUUUAAGUUAAGGGAAAAUGUGUGUUACAUGUCUAUCCUUUUAAAACGAUCUAACUGACAGAUAAAUAGUUACAUAUUCAGUCAACAUGAUUAAAUAUUCGUAAAGUAAUGAAAUAAAAUAUCAAAAGUCAUCACUCGGUUCGCCCUUAUUGAGAAUAAACUACAGAGUUAGUUAGCCAAUUAUGAUAGAAGAGUACUGGCCUCAAAUUUCACAAAAUUGUGCACACUUUAAUAGCAUUAAAAUAACUUGCUGAGACACAAGAUCGAAUUACUUAUGCAGUAUUUCUAUUCAAAACGUAACUUUUAGCCACUCAAACUCCGAAUAAAUCAAACUGACUUAGGGUGAUUGAAAAAUCGGCCCUUGUAAUAUUACGUCAUAAAAUAAUUUAACAAGUAUUCUGCAAACUAUCGCAUUUAAAGGUUAAGUAGUUAUCUGACGCUACACUGUACAAACUUUAUUAAAGUACGCAAUUCAAUUUUAUACCUAUUGUCUAUUUUAUUAACUUAAAAUAAUUAAGUUCUAAGGUUGUGGAAUUUACAUAUUUUUAUAUUAUUCUUUAACAACUAUUAUAUUAUUGAAUAUUCAAUAAGGUUUACUAUGCAUGGUGAUGGAACUGUACUGAAAUAAAAUUAAACAAAUUAAGAAUG